CAAAUCCGCCCCUCCUCGAAUUGUCAACACAAAUACAUCAACAAAAUAAUUGGCCACGACGAUACCCACACAAUCUGUUACACGCCCGCCUCAUACUUCCCUUGUGCGCUUUUUUGUACUACAGAUCGGUGCGCUUUUCCUCAAUUUUCCGAUCUUGUUCUGCUCGGCGCGUUCAGCUACUCGGCAGUCAAUCCAAGUAUCUACUGCUGACAGUUCUGCGGCUGGCCAUGCCAGAAGAAGGCGCACAGUUUCAUGUUCUUUAGAAAGGUCGGCAUGUAUGUAUUAUAUCCAUUGAAUUCGAUGCUAAUCGCUGUUUGGGCAGAUACCAAUCACCUUCAGAGCCCUGACCGACCGACUACCAUUCGAUAGAAGAUCGAUAGAAAUCCAUACAGGUCGCCAUCAUGGGAACCACUACCGUGGCUGUACCCGACUCGGAUGGCUCAAAAGAUGAAUUGAAUCAGACGCCAAAGAGAGAUAGCACGGAGAGAGACCCAUCCCAAUCACAAUCGGUUCUGUCCCAUAGAUUUCGAGACUCGUCACAAAAGGUAACUGACAGACCAUCCGACAAUCGCGCUCGAAAGUCUGGCUCAGUAGACAGUCAAAUUGCAGUUAUAUUACCAGCACCAAGUAGACCUUGGGAAUUCAAGAAAUACCAGGGUGACACUACUGUUGAUUCCGUACUAGAAGAGCUUUAUGAGUCAGAUGGAGAAACAAAAUAUAAGAUUGAGUAUGAGGAUGGCAGGAAAGCGAUUGUAAGUGUUUAAUCUCGUUCAAUCUUGACGUCCUAUUGUACACAUUGUUACAGUCUUUCGUUUGCUCUUUCCUUCACUUUCCAGAUUGUUCUCUAUGCGAUGUUCCCCGUCUACCUAUUACUUCCUUGAACCCUAUACUUUGAGCUACCCCAAGUGAAACCUUCCAUGACCUCGGAGUUGGUUCGUCUCUGUAUAACAGACAGGCCUAUCUGCAAGGUCGUUGGACUGGGUGACAUGGAUACUGUGGGUCGGGGCUCCACACGAGGCUCACUUUCGCUUAGCCUGCUAGCGUUGGUCUAGUGGCACCCGUGACUUUGGGGAUAUUUUCAAAGUUCUCCGUUUUUUACUUCUCAACCUCAACAUCUUUCUUUCUCCAUCGUACGUUCUCCAACCCAACUUUCUUCCAACGUCCUCUCUGAACUCAAUUUUUGGUCGACGCUUCAAUAUCGUAUGAGAGUCACGAUUGGACCUUCUUUCUGUUUUAACUUUCCAAGUGCAUCUCCCGAAAGGUUCCACAAAGCCACUUUUCCUCGGCUUUGAUAACCUCUCACUUUUUCCACUGUGCAAAAAUCUGCCUUACCUGUUAAUACGUCGAGACUAAUCUCAUGCUCAGAUCUCUCUUGAUAAGCUAUUGAAGAUUCGCAACGGUCGUAACGCACUGGAUCUUUUCAAUAACAACACACACAUGAAGUCCUCAACUUCCCAAGAUGACAGUGAAGAACCUGAUGUGACUACCAACGCCCGUUCCAAGAGAGCUCGCGGCAAAACUCACCAACCGGGCUUUGUCGACACUUCCAAAAUGCAGCUUGAUUCUGAUGAUGAAGAGGAUCAGCAAGGGGCUAAGAAACGCCGUAUUGAGAAAGGCACAGUAUCACGAUUGGCCAGAAAUGCUACACGACAAAGUAGCAGAGUAAACAGCAAUCGCAGUAGCCGCCAUACAUCUCAUGGCAACCAAGAUGACGAUGACGAUGAAUCAGAUGACGGUGUAAAUGUCGCAGUCGUAACGAGAAGACGAGGCGUUCUAACAACUCGCGAAUCUUCCAAGGGCACACGCACUUCUGGUCGUGUUACUCGUUCUGCCAUGCCAAAAGAACAAGACGACGAAGAAGAUGACAAUUUGGCUCGUGAUAUCCAGGAGACGAGCGAUAAUUCAGAUAUCCUCUUUGCUGCUAGCGGAAAGCCCAAGACCAGAGCCACAAGAACCAAGGCCAAAACUGCAUCUCUUAACCCUCUCAAGACUAAGCGAAGCAGCCGCCGUGAUUUCAUUGCGGACGAAAGCACGGAGUCUGAGAAACCAGAGCAGCCAACGCGAAAAUCUGGCCGCGAGAGAGUACGCAAGAAUAUGCGAGAACAGGAUAUGGAAGAGGAACAAUUUGCUGAUGAUGUUGCCAAAGUCAACGUUCCAAAAGUCAUCAGUAUUCGUGAGGUCUACCAGCAACUUGCCAAAAACUCGCCAUUCAAGUUGUACCACAGCAAUCAAUGCGAUACGUGUCGUAUUGACGGAAACAGCGUAAGCAAAGGUCCUCUGAUCCACUGCCAAGGCUGCUCCACUUCAAUCCACAAGAAUUGCUUAGGCUAUAGAAGCGCACGAAAACACAUGGUUACCAAAAUCGGCCACGAGGAUUUUGUAAUGCAAUGCCGUCGUUGUAUAGGGGUAACAAACAAAUAUGAUGCAUCUGCCCCACCCCUGAACAAAUGUCAAACCUGUCACAAACCUGGACUGGGUUGCAAGGCCUUUUCUGCGAAGAAGACCUCCAAGGAGGAGGAAAAGAUUCGAGAAGCAAACGGUGGGGAUGACCCUAUAACUGAAGUUUCGGCCGAUAAGAUCAACAAUGCCGAUAAUCUUCUGUUUCGCUGUGUGGGAUGCCAACGUGGCUACCAUUUUGAGCAUCUUCCCGAUCCUAAUCGCAAUAAAAAGAAAGGCAAAUCUAAAUACGAAGACCCCGAUGCGGUUCGUGAAGCUCGUCGUAAGGAGUACAAAGACUGGCAUUGUAGCGACUGCCUUGAGUAUACCACAAAGAUCACAGGUCUCGUCGCCUGGCGACCGACCAGCCGCGAAGGCUACACCCCGGAGCGAAAGAUUGACAACUACACGGAAGGUGAAAAGGAGUACCUAGUUAAGUGGGAAGGGAAGUCUUACCUCCAUUGCAUUUGGAUGUCUGGUAGUUGGGUCUGGGGCGUGACAGCUUCUGUCAUGCGAAAGGCAUUUGCAGCUCGCGAUGAAGGCGCCAAUGAAACACCCAAGUGGACGAAGGAAGAAGCAAUCCCUGAAGAAUUUGUCCGUAUGGAGAUUAUUUUUGAUGCUGAGUACAGUGGUGAUUUCUCGCCCAAAGCAGAAAAGGCGGAUAAAGCCAAGAUCCAUCAGGUUGAACAGGUUUUGGUCAAAUUUCGUGGUCUUGGCUAUGAAGAGGCUGUCUGGGAAGAUCCACCUAAUAAGGAGGAAGAGGAGCGCUGGAACUGCUUUGUGGCAGCAUAUAACGAGUACGUGGUGGGCGUCUAUUAUACUCGACCUCCUCCAUCAGUGAUGAAGAAGAGUGUGGAAUUGUUCCGAUCACGAAAAUUUGAUGUCGAUGACCAAAAGCAGCCAGCGUCGCUUGUCGGAGGGGAUUUGAUGCCAUAUCAAAAGGAUGGUAUGAAUUGGAUGCUUUACAAGUAUCAUCAACAGAAGAAUGUUAUCCUUGCCGAUGAAAUGGGACUAGGUAAGACUAUUCAAGUAAUAGGAUUGCUUGCCUCUCUGGUGAAAGAAAAUGCCAAGGUACGUACCUACUUAAGUAUCUCCCUCUCGGAAUAAAACUAACUAUAUCUGCUAGUGCUCGCCCUUUCUCAUAGUCACACCCAACUCAACUUGUCCAAACUGGAGAAGAGAGAUAAAGAAGUGGGCACCAAGUCUCCGUGUCGUCACCUUCUAUGGUGGACGUGCCGCUCGUGAGAUGGCCAUGAAAUACGAACUCUAUCCUGACGGCUGUUCCGACUUGCGAGCCGACGUGGUUGUCACCUCAUACGAGGCUCCAGUCGAUGAUUCUAGCAGAUCAUUCUUCAGAAGAAUCAGUUGGGCAGGUAUGAUUGUUGAUGAGGGACAGCGGCUGAAGAAUGAUGCGAAUCUGCUGUACUCGGCCCUAACUGCUCUCAAAACACCGUUUCAAGUUCUUUUGACAGGUUUGUCUGGCCUUCUUUGUAUACAUAAACUUCUUACUGACAUGGUUUUUCCCAAGGCACACCAUUGCAAAACAAUAAGCGUGAAUUGUUCAAUCUGCUUGCUUUUCUUGACCCAACACAAAUAGAUGCUGCAAAGCUGGAAACAAAAUACGAAACUCUUACAAAAGACACCAUCUCUGAUCUCCAAAAUCUUAUCCGCCCAUAUUUCCUCAGGUAUUUUUUUUCUCGAUGGAUAAUAUUUAACCUUGCUAAUUUUUGAGACAGACGAACCAAAGCUCAGGUGUUGAAAGACCUCCCUUCCUUGUCGCAAAUGAUUCUUCCUGUCUCUAUGAGUGUUGUUCAAAAGAAACUCUACAAGAUUAUCAUUGCUAAGAACGCUGAAUUGAUGAAGUCAAUUUUUGGCCAGGAUACCGCGCAUCUACGCCCAAAAGAGAAAGGCAACCUAAACAACAUUUUGAUGCAACUCCGGAAGUGUCUUUGCCACCCAUUUACCUACAGUCCUGCAAUCGAGGAAACCGGACUGAGUCAAGAAGCUACACAUCGAAAUCUCAUUGAUGCCUCUUCCAAAUUUCAGCUUUUGGAGAUCAUGCUACCAAAGUUGAAGGAGAGAGGCCACCGCGUUCUCCUUUUCAGUCAGUUUUUGAAUCAGCUUGAUCUUGUGGAAGAUUUUCUUCGUGGGCUUGAUCUCUCUUACCGACGACUAGAUGGUACAAUGUCUGCACAGGAGAAACAAAAGCGUAUUGAUGAGUUCAAUGCGCCAGACUCAUCCGUCUUUGCUUUCUUGCUUUCUACCCGUUCAGGAGGAGUGGGCAUCAACUUGGCAACAGCUGACACUGUUAUCAUCAUGGAUCCUGACUUUAACCCCCAACAGGAUAUUCAGGCCAUCUCCAGAGCGCACCGUAUCGGCCAGAAGAACAAGGUUCUUGUUUUUCAGUUGGUGACAAAAGACAGCGCCGAGGAAAAGAUUAUGCAGAUCGGCCGAAAGAAGAUUGCUUUGGGCGCUCUUAUUGAAACUAUGGGGGCGGAAGAUGAUGACCCAGUUGACGUGGAGUCAAUUCUAAAGCAUGGCACCGAAGCCCUUUUUGAGGAAGACGAUGGAAACGAUAUUCGCCACGACGAGGCUUCCGUUGACAAACUUCUCGAUCGAGCACAGGUGGAUGAAGUCAACACCGAUCAGGCCGCAAACGCAAGCUCCACUUUCUCCCUUGCACGAGUCUGGGCACAAGACAAAGGCACACUCGAAGAAGACUUGGGCGACAAUGAUGCUGAAGACGACGCCCCGAAUCCUUCAGUAUGGGAUAGCAUUCUCAAAGAGCGUGAAGCACAAGCAGCACUUGAAGCCGCAAAGAAUGUGCAAGAUUUUGGACGUGGAAAGCGAGUACGCAACGUGAGUCAUAUUCUUUUCAACAAGCAACGUGGUUCAUUCACUAACUGGAUAGGCUCCUGUUUAUGGUGGUGAUAAGCAUGGCGCUGACGACGACGACGCUCCCCGCCGACGACGUUCACAGGUAGACCACAGCGACCCAGAAUUCGGUGUGAACGCAGAUGCAGCUGAAUCCGACCCCGACGACUUUUCCGGCGACGACAUGAUCGAUCCUCGAGAGCUUGAAGCAGGUACAAAAUCCAAAGGUACGAAAGAAUCCGUGAAAGCUCGUCGAAGUCCAUCAAAGCCUACAACCGCAAAAUCCCCGAGAAAGGUCAAAGUGUCCCCUGUCUCAAAAGGGGUUAAACGAAGUCAAGUUCACUUCAAGCCAUCCAUGCCUGAGUCAGACGCACCGCUCGCCCAGUCAGCAGCAGUUGAACGUAUCGUCAACAAGAGUAACAAGAGGAGAAAGUUACAAUCAAGCUCGACUAGUAGUCUACAGCGCAGUUCUACUCCCUCUCCCUCUGAAGUCCCAGUUCCUCCUGGUCUUGCCCGACCCAUUUCGCAAUCUGGCUCGACCAGUGGUCUAGGUCACAAUUCAUUUCUCACUCCUUCUGCCGUUUCUUCAAGUUUGGGUCGGCCUGUGCCGCCCCUGUUAGGUUUCAACUUCAUGCAAUCCCAAUUCAAUCCUCUUACUAAUGGUAUUCAGUCGAUGCAUCCACCACAGGGCUUUUAUCAGAGUCAACCAAACUCACCAAGACUGGAAAGUUUCGUAUCCCAGUUCCGCCGACCAACAUUCACCCUCCCCCACCGAGACCACUCCCUUCAAAUGUCCCCUAUCUUCCAAGCAACGGCGCCCCGCCACAAGGUGGUUAUCGAUUUGACGACCCCCGAGCCAGAGGAUAUGUCCCACAGAACCAACCAAACCCUCUCAACCAAUUCCCCUCAAAUCAGCCACAGAGAGCCUAUGGACCAACACCAAUCCUUCCUCCAACGCAAUACCAGGGAGGUUACAUGCGACCAGCCCCGUCCUUCCUACCACCAGCCAGCCACACCCCAGUCCCCCAGAUUGUUGACCGGUUUGGAAAUGCGAUACCCGUGAGAGCUGGACAGUCGAUAUCGGUGCCACGGCCAGGUGCUCAGCCUUGUUACACUUGCGGUUUGCGUCAUAUUGGGAUUACGCCUAGCUGCCCUACCUUCUCUUCGUCGAUUGAGAUUCGUUUGAUGCUGGAUGCUUUGGUUACCAAUAGACCUCCACAUCCAGCCGAAUUCGUUGGAAAAGCCAGGACGUAUUUGGAGAAAGAGUUGAAGCGCAACACGGCUAUUCGACUAUCUCAGCGACAAUCCAAUUGAGCGGCGCACAGGCGUAUUUGAGUACACACAUUUUCCCCUUCUUUUUCCCCCUUUCAGCCAGCCAAUUGCUUUUUCGCGAAAUACCAAAAAAUCAGAGCAGGGGUUUUCCACCGUCCCUUUCACGACAUGCGUUUUAUUAGAAGAGACGAAGCAUGUAAGGGGUACUCUGACCGAUGUUAGAUUACGAGCUUUCUUUUUUUGAUUUUCCUUCAUUUCAUUUUUUUCAUUGGUUCUUCAAUUGUCCUUACCUUGCCGACCAAAAAGGGGUGAUAAAUGAUUACACGAUGUGACAGCUGUUACUUUGGAGCCCUUUCGUCUUCUGGUCGCUCUUUCUCCCUUGAGCGGAUCUUAGAUCUUUUUUCUGAGACGUGGUUUGAGCUGUUCACUUUUUUCUUCUUCUUUUUGACACGGUGGGGGAUGAGUGAGUGAGUGAGCGAGCAUUUUUCUCACGGUUUUUGUUGGGGGGAAACCUGAUGGAUCGUGGGGAUAUGAGCGAACUUUUCUCUUUCUUUUUUGAGAUGUGUGAGGGAGUGUGAGGGAGUGUGAGGGAGUGAGAGGGAGUGGGUUGCAUGCAUGCCUUUUAGGGUGUGCGGCAUGUGUAUGUGUACAUAUGAACAAUAU